AUGCCGCCCAAUCGCGCCCGUGCUCGGUACCGUCCGUGGACAGUGGCUACCGCCGCUGGCGUCAGCUCGCUCGUGCUUCCUGGCCUGACGCUGGCUCGCUUGUUCGCCGCAUCGCACUCGCCGUACCCGAUGGCUUAUGCAGGGCUGGUUAGCAGUGUCACGUUUGUCUUCUUUGGUUAUGACAAGAUGCAAGCGCGGAACUUGAAUUGGCGGGUCAAGGAGUUGACGCUCCAUGGGCUGGCGUUGGCAGGAGGGUGGCCAGGCGCACUUGCUGGUAUGCAUUACUUUCAGCACAAGACGCGCAAGACCGACUUUCAAGUGCUCUUUUGGGGCAUUGUCUUGCUAUGGGAAGCUCUGUCCUACGCCGUCUGGCAAGGCCUGGUAUGA